CGGGCGGUCGGGCGGGCGGACCAGCAGGAGGUGCAGCUCCGGGAGGGCGCAGCUCAGCCCCACCGCCCGCCCUGUGCUCCCGGGCGCAGCCACGCGGGCUCACCGCAGACAGCCCAGAUGCAGAGACCUUGUGACAUGAAAACUGAUGGUUUGAGAGAACUGACUUGAGCACCUGAAUGGACUGGAGAGACUCCAGCCCCCAGUGUUGAGAGGAAGGGAAAGUCCUACGGGCCUCUGGCUCGGCUCCUUGAGUGCCCCCACAUCCCCUGCCCCAGGAAGCAGCCAGCUGCAAAUCUGCUGAUACCCUCCUCUGCUCUCUCCGGCAGACCCCUUUGCCAUGAACCAGCCUGCCCCCGCUGCCCUUCCUCCACCCCGCCGCGUGCGGCUGAAGCCCUGGCUGGUGGCCCAAGUGAACAGCUGCCAGUACCCGGGGCUUCAGUGGGUCAAUGGGGAAAAGAAAUUCUUCUACAUCCCUUGGCGCCAUGCCACACGGCACGGCCCCAGCCAGGAUGGAGAUAACACCAUCUUCAAGGCCUGGGCCAAGGAGACCGGGAAGUACACGGAGGGCGUGGAUGAGGCCGAUCCGGCCAAGUGGAAGGCCAACCUGCGCUGUGCCCUUAACAAGAGCCGUGACUUUCGCCUCAUCUAUGACGGGCCCCGGGACAUGCCGCCUCAGCCCUACAAGAUCUACGAGGUCUGCUCCAAUGGCCCCACUCCUGCAGAGGCACAGCCCAGCGAGGAUUACACUGUUCAUGCAGGAGAGGAGGAGGAGGAGGAAGAGGAAGAGCUCCAGAGGAUGUUACCAAGCCUGAGCCUCACAGAAGCAGUGCAGCCUGGCCCCGCCAUGGCACCCUAUUCAUUACCCAAAGAGGAUGUCAAGUGGCCACCCACUCUCCAGCCGCCUGUUGUGCUUGGUGCCCCUGCUCCAGACCCCAGCCUCCUGGGCCCUGUCCCUGGCAACCCCACUGACUUUAGGGAGCUGCUCUCUGAGGUCCUGCCGAGCACGCAGCCUGGGACCCUGGCUGCCGAUCUGCCCCCUCCAGGCGAACAACUCCUGCCCGACCUGCUGAUCAGCCCCCACAUGCUGCCUCUGACCGACUUGGAGAUCAAGUUCCAGUACCGGGGGCGGCCACCCCGGGCACUCACCAUCAGCAACCCCCACGGCUGCCGGCUCUUCUACAGCCAGCUGGAGGCCACCCAGGAGCAGGUGGAACUCUUCGGCCCUGUGAGCCUAGAGCAAGUGCGCUUCCCCAGCCCUGAGGACAUCCCCAGCGACAAGCAGCGCUUCUACACCAACCAGCUGCUGGAUGUCCUGGACCGUGGGCUCAUCCUCCAGCUGCAAGGCCAAGAUCUGUACGCCAUCCGCCUGUGCCAGUGCAAAGUGUUCUGGAGCGGUCCCUGUGCCUCAGCCCAUGGCUCGCACCCCAACCCCAUUCAGCGGGAGGUCAAGACCAAGCUCUUCAGCCUGGAGCAUUUUCUCAAUGAGCUCAUCCUAUUCCAGAAGGGCCAGACCAACACCCCACCGCCAUUUGAGAUCUUCUUCUGCUUUGGGGAGGAGUGGCCUGACCGCAAACCCCGAGAGAAGAAGCUCAUCACUGUACAGGUGGUGCCCGUAGCAGCUCGGAUGCUGCUAGAGAUGUUCUCAGGGGAGCUUUCUUGGUCAGCUGAUAGUAUCCGGCUACAGAUCUCAAACCCAGACCUCAAAGACCGCAUGGUGGAGCAGUUCAAGGAGCUCCAUCACAUCUGGCAGUCCCAGCAGCAGCUGCAGCCUGUGGCCCAAGCCCCUCCUGUGCCCGGCCUCAGUGCUGGUCAGGCUCCCUGGCCCAUGCACCCAGUCGGCAUGCAAUAAUGAGGCUGAAGAUAGUGACUGGCCCAGGCUUCCUGGGUGGCUGGGAGGACUGAUAUGUGGAGGUGCGAUGGCCCCAGAGGGCACCUGACUGGCUGCAGGGUCCUAUCUCUGGGUCUCCUGUAGGUGGAUUUGGGCCAAGAAGAAGGAAAAGAGGCCUGAGGUCCAGUUCUCCUUGCAGAAGCUGAGGGAAGCUGGAAGCCAGUUUUGCUUGAGGGCUCUGGAUGUGCCCCUCUGCUGGCUUUGGGGGAACUCAGCCAUCAGCACCAGCGACAAGAGAAGGAACUCCCCAGACCCUGGGAGCCUAGCUAUACAGAAGGAGUUGCCCCAGAGUGGCCUACUCUUGUGGUUGCCCCCAUUUCCUGUGGCAAAAGAGCCAUGUGCCUGUGGCUCAGGUCCCCCAGGCAGGUCCUCUGCAGGGCAUGGGCCUGAUUUUGGGGUUCCCUUGUUUGGGCCUCGCUUCCUCAUCGCUUAAGGUAUAAGCACUUAGGUUUACACCCGAUAUACAUAGAGCUGGCAGCUACCUCCCUUGAGAGUCCAAGAACUGGGGGUACAAAGUGGAAUUUUACAUAUUUUUCGAUUAAUAAAUGUUAAAAACAGGCA